AUGGGAAAAUUCUCAACGACUCCCGAUAAGUUCUCGAAUUCCAAUGUUACUAAAUUCAAUGCUUAUAAAAUUCUCAAAAUUGAACCCCAUGUUCCACCGUUCUGUCGUCUGGCACUGUCUGGCAACCUCGGGGUCUUCCCAGCUGGGUGCGAGUGGCACUCCGGUGGCACAGCUAGUUGGGCCUUCAGUCCGUCCUUACACUUACUGUUGAAUCUUGAGAGUGGUUGUGAGUUCACUUGCUCGGCGCUGAGAGCCAUGAGAUCUGCACUGGUUGUGGCGUGCGUGUUGGCUGCCCUUGUGCUGCCCCUCCAGGCCCCCCCGCCCCCUGCCGGAGGGGAGGGGCACUUCGCCCUGCAGCCCCGCCCCCCGAGGUUCGCAAGUGGGCGUCGCCUGAGCUGGUGGAUAUUCGGGGACGAUGACGAAGAAGUGACCACGCCCGCCGCAAGCGACCACGUCUCGCCCACGCCCGCUCCUACCCCCUCGCCCUCUCCCUCCCCCCCGCCAGGCCCCACCACCACAGAGGAGCCGAGCGCAUGGAGGUCGUGGUUCUCGAAGGUGGGCGACAAGAUCAAGAGCGCGGCGUCCAAGGUCAAGGACGAGCUCCGGGAGGUGAAGGAGGCGUACGACACGGGGCGGGCGGCUGUGGGAACGGCCCUCAAGACGGGGGCCAGUAAGGUCGGGUCCGCCAUCAAGUCCGGCUUCAGGAAGAUCAAGAUCAAGUUCACCGGCGGCGGCGAGAAGUUCAACAUCAUGGCGACGCGUCUGAAGGAGAAGCUCGAGGCGGGCGACGAGCGGAUCCUCGAGCUCUUGAAGAAGCUCGGGAUCAACGUGAACAUCGAGGACAAUAAGGUCACGGGAACCAACGUCGACAAGAACGUGUCCGUGUCCGAGGUCCUUCAUGGCGAGGGACUUCUCUCCAACAAGUCCGCCCACUACCACACUGUCGUCGAGGAGCCUGAGUUCACGGGCGGAGAGGGGGCGCCGGAGCUGGGCGAAGGGGCGGGCGAGAGGACCACGACGGAGGAGGUUUUCCACUCCGCCGAGGACCAUGACACUUUCCAUGCCACUGAGGACCACGACACUUCCCAUGCCACUGAGGACCACGACACUUCCCAUGCCACUGAGGACUAUGAUACUUUCCACUCCGCUGAGGACCACGACACCUUCCACUCCGCCGAGGAAUACGAGGACGACUUGAUCACGCCCUCGACUCCGCGCGUAUCGACUCCUUCCACCGCGAGGCCCUCGGUUAGUGUCACGGAAUCCACUCCUGGGCGCUCGACGACGACCAGGAGGCCAACAACAACGGCCCCAACUCCUACGGUGGAACUUUCUUCAACAACUUCCUCAGCAUUGCCCUCUACUUCGCGUCCAGUAACGACUAGCAAGCCAACAACAACGAGCACUGUGGAACCAUAUACAUCACCUUCUGCAACAAUCGAACCUACCAUUCCAACGACCACCACAACAGCUAAACCCAUAGAUCCAACAACAGUCUCUACAACACCUAAACCUUCACCUCCAACAACCACAACACUCAAACUAACAGAUACAACUACAACCUCUACAACACCUAAACCUUCCCGACCAACAACCACCACAACUGCCAGACCCUUAGAUCCAGUGACCUCUACAACAAUUAAGCCUUCGCCAACAACCACCACAACAAUUAAACCUUCAGAUCUAACAUCGACGACACUCAGAACCACAACUCCUACAACCACAUUUAAACCUUCAGAUCCAACAACAUCGACGACACUCAGAACCACAACUCCUACAACCACAACAUUUAAACCUUCAGAUCCAACAACAUCGACGACACUCAGAACCACAACUCCUACAACCACAACCACAUUUAAACCUCCAUCCCCUACAACCACUACCGUAAUCGCUGACACAACCACGAGAAGCACAGUUACGUCGACGAGGAAGCCUAUUAUCCCUCCGUCACCCACACCUUCAGGAGAGGACGUCACCGAGGCAUACGAACCUCCUCUUUUCCCCGGAGGUUCAACCCACACCGAGGAGGAGGAGGAGGAGGAGGAGGAUGCUGAACCAUUUGAACCUCCUCCGUUCCCCGAUGUGUUCAGUGACCCGGAUGUGCGAGAUCGCCUGAGGGAGUUCUAUGAAAAUGGAGACUUCAGCCAUUCAGAACUCGUUUCUAGGUUGAAUUUCGACCCGGAAAACUAUGAAUAUUAUUACGAUGAUUAUGAUUACUCUGAAUAUGCUUGAUUAGACGUUGUGUGUUUGUUGUUGCUGCUGCUGCGUUUGUGUUUGUUUGUCCCCACUCCUAUGCACCAGUCCUCUAUUACCUAUAUAAAAAGCUCUAUAUAAAAAGGAAUUUGUUAUUAGAGCUUUUAACAUAGUCCCUCCUAAAAGAAACAUUCCUCUCCAUUUUCUCUGAUGGAUUUCUUAUUAUUUACACGCUUCACUCGCUCUGUUUUAUAUCACAUACGUGCCUAACAAACUAUUUUCACCUGUUAUCUCUUUGAAAUUCCAUUACAAUAAGUCUGAGUUACUGUUUCCGCUUUCAAUCACACCAUAAUCCAUCUUUAUCUAACAACAGUCGUAGAUUUAAGGGUAAACUAUUGAAAAUCAGCCUUUUGCAGCAUUCGACGAGGUAGAUGGGUAAUUAUUACAAAGACCGAAUGCGACGAUUCUGGCAUCGAUAGAUUCCUCUCACUCUCUACGACUAUCAUAUAAAAAUUUUCGGCAUUGUAUAAUAUAUCAAACUCCUAAAUGUUUGUCUGCUGGCCUAAAUGAUAGAUAAAAAUAUGAAUAUCUUAAAUAAAAUCACCUACAGAAAGGAAAUGGGUAUUACAUGUAUAUGAAAUACGCAAAUCUUAUUAUAGUGUGCCAUAGCUCUUAAUGCAAAAACAGCAAUUCAUGUAAUCACUCUUUUACAAUGAUUGUCCAAUAUAUAUGAAUGAAAAUUAAGGGAAAAUAUAUAAGCAAUGACUGAAACAAAUGGAGAAAAGGCUCUGGUACUUAAAAGACAAAAAAAUAAGGGAUGAAUAUUAAAAAAAAAUAAAGAUAUUGUAUCUUUACAUGCUGGUAUUCUGUUCAUUUCUUAUUUCUUAAGUUUCUUAAAGUAUCUUUUGCCAAGUGUCUAUAUACUUUUCAUUACCACUAGUUACUACUACUUAAUUAUUCUGUGAGAACAUCAAAACCAUAAAGUUUGUACUGGCUGACUGAAUGGCAGAAUAAUGACAGAAAAAUAGUUUUUUAUCAAUGUGUUUGAAAUGCAAUAAAAUUAAAUCAAUAACAUGUGUACUAAAAAAAUCAUACCAAAAGACAAUAUUUAUCAUGUGUAAUGGCAUUAUAUGACUAUAUGUAGGUUUGACAGUAGCAGAACUAGAACAGUUGAUUUCUAUAAACAGAAAGCACAUCUUAACAAAGUGUACAAUAUUUUUUAUACUACAUAUCUUGGGCUACAUGUUUAUACAUUUUAUAAUAUACCAUUGAACUGUUACUGUUUUCAACUUCAGAAGAAAUUACUAUUUGUACAAUGUUGAUUUUAAAGAAUUCCUUCAAAUGAUUUAAAAGCUUUUGCUA